AUGUCUCAGCGCCGGCGGAAAAAGGGAGGGGCAGGCUCCCAUAGCCUCCCAUACCGAUCCUAUCACUGGUUAUCUUCCUGCAGCAUCAUUUCCCAGCGGGUGCGACGGGCGAUGCGACGAACCGUUGUAACGAGUGGAAGGCCGCCGCAGCACCGCAGGCCGCAAGGCGGGCGAUUGGCUGGGAGCUGCAGCGCCCUGAACCGCACAUCGCGGCCGACGGGCAUCCGCGUUGGCCAGGGUCCACUGAUGUCCACCGAUGAGACUCUGCACGGCCAAGACGAGGAGGUCCGGCUGGGCAGCCCAGUGGCUUAA